UUUUGUGUUUUACUGGCGGCGUGUCAGAUGUAAACAAAUAUUAAUGCGCUUUGGUAGCAAUAUCUAUAAAAUUUCACUAAAGUUGUGUACAAAUUAGUUAAUAAACAAUAAAAUUGUUUGUCGUUAUGCCAAAACAAGACUGCAAAUAUUGGGAGAAAUGUUAUCAAAAAAAUUCGGCGCAUUUGGAAAAGUAUAAUCAUCCACCCAAAGACAGUACUACAGUUUCAACUGCUGACUAUAGCCCAGUCAAAGACAAAGAGGCACAGAAACGAAGAACAACCGAGGAUCUCAAACAAGAGCCAAAAACUGAUGAAUCUCUAAACAAUCUAGACAUGGAUGUGGAGGCAACUAUUAGCAAGAAUACUUCUACUGGCGAACGUAAGGAAAUAGAUACAGAUGAAUUGCGUGCUGAGGCUCUUGGAAAUAUUGCUGGAAAAAACUAUAUGGAAAUCCUCGCAAAGCGUAUAAAGUUUUCUGUGCAAGCUGAAUACGACGAAUUGCUGCGUAGUAAUGAAUUUAUACGCCACAAGUUCCUUGUUGAAAUGCCUCCGGACUUUUAUGACUUCUGGAAAUUCGCAAACACUUUGAAAAAUAAUGCCACAGGUGAAGAAAUUUUGCAGUAUUUCGAAAAACAAUUCCAGUUGCAAUUAGUGGGGCCGUUUGAAUUUCUAGCUGGUCGCUUUCAUAAAGCAAAGUUACGUGAACCAGGUGAUUAUUUACGUCAUUGGCGUUUUUUCUAUGAUCCUCCUGAAUUUCAAACGAUACUCGUACGUCGUGAUACUGGUGUCCAUUAUGGUUAUUGGCGUGAUUUGCCGAAGGACAAUGAUUGCCUUUUAAUAGCACGCAACGACUCCUUAAAGAACUGUAAGUUCGAAUUCAUUGCAGGCAAUGUUUUCGAUGCAUUUUUACAUUACCUUGACAAGGAUUUUACAAGCACCCCGUUUACUGCAACUUUGGUAUCAUCCACACGUAAAUCAUUGCAAAUGUUUAUAAAUGUAAAUGAAAUAAAAUUAGAAAAAUUGGAGACAUUGCGUAAACGACGAAGUGCUAAAGUUGUAGCUAAAACUUUCCACGAGGCAGGUAUUGUAGUACCGUACGAAGGCAAUACACAAGUUGGUUACAGACCACUUAUUGUUUCCGAUGGAGAAUUGAAAAAAAUACUGGAACUUUUCGUCAAAGCUGGACCAUCUGAUGGCGAUGGGGAUAAUGAGGAAAUUAAAGCAGCAGUUAUUGAAAAAUUGCAACCAGUGGCAACUGCUGCUAAUAUAGCAAUGGAUGAAUGUGAUUUUGGCACAUCUCUCGAGUUGGGAAUCGACUUAUUUUGUAGUGGGCGAAAAGAAUUACAUUCUCUAGUACAAUCUUUAUUAGUGCCCGCGUAUUCGCUUCUAAGUCGGCCACAAUUUAUUGCUAUUUCAAAAGCACAUAUGGAACAGCGUAGCAAAACGCUUAAGCUUAGCAUUUUCGAGUUAGACGCUAAGUAAUGUAUUUGAGAUUUUUGGUGUAAUGGAUAUAAAUAAAAGAUUUAAAUACACUUUUCAUUUUAACAAUCCCAAA